AUGAUUGCUCAAAGAAAGACGAUAAUCGAACCUGGAUACCUCCCAAACAGCUGUCAAUAUACCGUUGAGACUGCUCGUGGUCCAUAUCUUGUCCAGAUCGCAUGGCCGCUGUGCUGGACAUCGGAACGCCUGCCACAGCCAAACGCGGACGAACAUCCCGUCUCCAGCUUCUACCUUGUAGAUGGCAACGCCUACUUUCUUACAGCAGUUGAAAUCUCACGACGAUUGGAAUGCCUCAAUUCCACCCGCAGCAUCGUCGUCGGUAUCGGCUAUCCCAACCUCAAAGCUGUCUACGACUUCCGUAGAGGUCCUGACUUGACACCACGUUCGCGUGAUGGAAAGUAUGAGAUGCCUCUAGACAAACACGGCAAGCCCCGAACCGACUUGAGCUUUGGGGAAGCCCACUUGUUCCUCGACUUCAUCAAGAGGGAAGUCAUGCAAACAGUGGAGGGGGAACUCUUCCCGUCUCUGGAUCUUGCCUCCAAUCGGAAAGGUCUGUUCGGACACUCUUAUGGUGGUCUGUUCAGUCUCAACGCAUUGUUCACUCAGCCGGGACUAUUCGAUUUCAUCGCUGCUGCAAGCCCUUCUAUAUCCUGGAGCGAAUAUUCCUUGGUAAGCUUCCAGGAGGAGGAGUUUCACAGGGAAGCGAAAGUAGUCGACCCGCCCCCGGUAUUGCUUUUGACGUGGGGAUCGAAUGCCGAGGAGCUUGAGCAGAGGAAGGGGGAAUCCGAUGCUUCUUUCACGCGGAGAAGGAUGGGAGCGGAAGAGCCAGAAUGUGGAAAUGAUGCCAGGGCCAUGGCCGCAAGAUUAGCUGGCGACUGUACCAUCAAGGCUGUUUUGACUGCCGACUUCCCAGGUUGGGGUCAUGGAGGCGCAGCUGUAGUGGGGCUUCAGCGAGCCUUGAUGCAUUUUCUGCUUGAGAUGGAUUGA